ACUGUUUGUUCCUCGCUGGUUGUUGCCAGUGUUGCCAUUGUUAUUGACAUUUCUUAAAACGGAUGUUGCUGCUUUUCUUUAUUUUAUGCAGCCGUAGUCGUUAACCGUAGCUGCCAAAUAGGCUGCCUCUGCCUACGAGCGGGCCACCACCAUACGGAAGAUACCACCGAUACCGACGAUACCAGCCAAACAGAAAAUAAAAAGUAAAUCCAAAACACUUGCAUACAUACAUACAUACAUACAUACAUAGAUACAUCUGUAUGUAUGUAUGUUAACUUGCAUCGUCGGUCGCAUCAUCACAUCUUCGUGUGAGGAGCCCAGUGCCAAACACCUCUCUCGACGACAACGAGCGUUCUCAAUCUGAGACGCCUCCUCCGCAGAAACGGCUGCGGAACGCCCCUCACUGCACCACCCGUAUCAGCAGCAGCAGCACCACCAACACCGCCAACACCACCAGCAGCCACCGCAGCAACAGAAGCAAAAAGCAACAGCACUGCUCUGCUCGUGCUUAGCUGAGCCGCAUUUGUCACAAAAAGCUGCUAAGCCAAGCAUAUUUUCAAAUGGAGACCAAAACCCCGCCCAGUGUAACCAGCAGCUAUCACCAUCAGCGUGCUCCCCGUACACCAGAGAGCUACUUCAAUGUGCCGGAAUCGGUAGCGCUGCUCAACAUAGUCAAGUCGGAACGCAUACAGAGCGCCUUUCAGUCGAACCGGAAGAAUCAUGCGAGCGUUUGGGAAAUGGUCGCCGAGGUCCUUAACCGAUUUAGUGCGCGCAAACGGACCGCCAAACAGUGCUGCAAUCGGUACGAGAACCUCAAGAAGAUCUACACACAGCUAAAGAAGAAUCCGGAGCGGCAUGUGCGUCGCAACUGGCCAUACAUGUUCCUUUUCAAGGAGAUCGAGGAGCAGCGUGGCGAGUGCUGGGGCUCGAAUGGAAAGCGCCUCGCUCUCAUCACCAAGAACCACAACGAGCUGUCCUAUUAUCAGCGACGGCGACAAGCCGCCGAACUGGGCGUCCUGCUGAACAAGGACAAUCUGACACCGCACCAGCACACCCUUCUCCAGACUCUCACGCACUCCACAGACUCCUCGCAGAGUGGGGCCAGUAAGCUGGAGCGCUACUUGCCCAACCACUUUGUGGAGGCGCAAUUAAACGAGGGAUCAUGCAAUAACAGUGCCUUGAAUGUGAGUUUGCCCCCCGGCGUCUACGACGACAAUCCGCUCCAGUUGCAGGUUGCAGGAGCAGUGGCAGCAGCUGCUGCCGCCGCUGUGGCUGCACACAAGCGCCACGAGCUGCAGAUGGCAAAUGGCGCCGGCAUGAAUGCAGGCGGAUCGGGAACUCCGGGUGGCCUUUGCCUCAGCCUCGAGGACGAACAACACAGCAGCGCAUUUAAGGAUCAUGGCCUCGACGAGCCCACAGAAGUUCCGGACUUUGAAAAGGACUGUAAUGGAGCGCUCAACUUACACAACAACAACGACAACAACAUAUCCAUGAAAUCGGAACCAAUGUCCGAGGGCGAGUUCAAUCCUGACGACAUACAGUUGAUGCAAACAAACUACAAUGGGUCUGGUCACAUUUAUUCACCCAACAUAGAUCCGAACAUUCUGCACCCCGAUGUCAUUGUCGACACCGACAAUCUGUCCGAAUGCAGUUCAUCGGCGUCGCUGAAAACCGGCAAACGGAAGAUGUCGACUUCCACAGAUGGGGACAGCACCAACUACGAGCUCAUCGAGUAUCUGAAGCGGCGCGAGAAGCGCGAUGAGGAGCUUUUAAAACGCAUGGAUGCGCGCGAGGAGCGCCUCAUGAAUCUAUUGGAGCGCACGGUUAUUGCCAUUGAAACAUUGGCGACAAGCAAAGAAACAACAAGAACAACACAGCCAACGACAACAACAACAACAACCAUACAAUUAGCAACAACAGCUGCAGAAGAGCAACAGAACAAGGCCGCAGACUCACCAAAAGCCAUACCAGAUGAGCCCAAAACAGCCAUUGGAGCAGUGCCAGAGAAUAUCGACGACGAUGCCAUAGUCGUGGUUCCCGACGACAUUGCCGAGGAGGACUCUGAGGCUGUCAGCAGCAAAGCAAAUGGGAAGUGCAGCCAAUAUAACGACGACGAUAAUGAUGUUGGGAAUAAACAUGAUAAUGAGAGUGAGAAAUGAGCUAAUCCCUCUCGGUCUCCCUCAAAUCUAAACUCUAAACUUUCAAAGGAAACUUAAUGAAUGCAGUGCCAAAGACGAGAUUCGUCUCGAUUUUAUAUGAGAUUUGCAACUAUUACUUAAAAGCGUGUGUGCUUAACUCUUCGUAAUACGAAACUGGAAACUUUGUAGGCUAAGUUGAUUGAAAUAUUGCGAAUCGCAGUGUUCUCACCAGCAAUAAUUUAAGUUAAAUUAAGGUUGAGUUUUGCUUAAUGGCGAUGUCUUUCCAUUGGGAACCUCGAAAAACUAAAAGAUCGAAUGUGCACUCCUAUAGUUUUUAUUAUACAUAUACCUAAAACAAACUCAUGAAUAUCAUCAGCAUUAUAACCAACCCAACCAACAAAGCAAUCGGAAACCACAAAGGCAUAUCCUUCCAAUUUAAAUAUGGAGUAGAAGGUGUUAAUUAUUAAAACUAUUAAAUUAUUAAUCUUAAUUUUUUCCAAUAUAUAAAUGGUAAAUGGUUAAUUUCCCUUGGCCGAUUCCUAACUUAAAAUUGAUUGAUCUUUAAGGAAAUGAACAUUUUACCGUUUUCGGGCCUAUUUCAUAAAUGCCAAAAAAUCUUUAUAUAACUGUUAUAAAUGGGCUCUAGGAUUUUCGAAUUUUAUUUAGAAUAUCAUCAAACAUUUUACAAGUAGUGUAAUAAUAACCUAAGUUAACAAUACUCCAGUCCGAAUGGGUUUGACCAAAUAAUAGUCCAUAAAGGGGAGCUUUGUGAGAAACUUUGGG